AUGCGUCAUUCGAAACAACAUCAUCAACAACAACAACCAGAGUUUAGGGAAUCGACUUUAUACAGUGGUGGAAGUAGCUGCACAACAAAGGAGGAAAUAGUUCGAGCACGAUUGUUAGCUGAACUUUCAUCUCUGCGUGAAAGACACGAUGCUCUUCGCAAGAGAGCCAUGGGAGUUGAAAAACAACAACAACAACAACAACAACAACAUGAAGAAGAUGAACACGAACGGGAACAACAAAUCUCAGGUACGAAGAUGUUAGGGAUGGAUGAUAGUGGACGUGGUAGUCCUUUUCUUGGUCAGACGGAUAGAGAUGCCAUUGAGGCUUUCUUCAACGACUCAGAAGAUGAUUUUACGAGAGAAUUUAAUGAGGGACGUGGUAAAUAUCAACGGAGUGAUUUAUUAGAUGGAUUGAUUCUUCCUCAAAAACGGAAAUAG